UCAACACGCAGUAAUCCUCAGAACUUCAACCAACAUACACUACCUACUCAUGGAGAGAGCUUGUUUCCCAUUUCCCAUUUUUAUGGCACUUCUCAUGCUACAAUUUUACAUGGCAAGCCUAGUUAUUGCAAGUGUUCCCAACAUUACUACCGAUCAGGCUGCUCUUCUUGCUUUCAAGGCUCAAAUUUCUUAUGAUCCUCACAAUGUUUUGACAAAUAACUGGUCCACCAACACCUCUGUUUGUAAUUGGAUCGGUAUCACUUGUGGUUUCCGUCAUCAUCGAGUCACAACCUUAAAUCUUUCUUACAUGGAUCUCGUUGGUACCAUUCCUCCACAUGUAGGAAAUCUUUCAUUUCUUCGUAGUCUAGACAUCGAAAACAAUAGUUUUCAUGGUUCUCUACCCAACGAGUUGGCUCAUCUUUAUCGAUUGCAAUACUUAUCCUUUGGAUUCAAUAACUUCAGCGGAGAAAUCCCAUCAUGGAUGGGACUGUUAUCAAAACUUCAAAGUUUGUCCCUACUUGGUAACAGUUUCACCGGGAGUAUUCCACCAUCUUUAUCUAACAUAUCUUCGUUGCAAAUAAUCUAUCUUAGUUAUAACCAACUUUCGGGCUCCAUUCCAUCCUCCAUCUUCAACAUAAACAGCUUGCAAGGAAUUGAUCUCAGCAAUAACAUGCUUUCUGGCAUGAUGCCCUCCAUUAUUUCCAAUAUAUCAUUACUACAAGCCAUUGACCUAGGAGGUAAUAAGCUUUCUGGUCCACUCCCUAUGGAUAUGUUUGAUAAUCUUCCCAACUUGUAUUGGCUUCGACUAUCUUCUAAUCAAUUUUAUGGCCAACUUCCAUCCACUUUGUUCAAGUGCAAACAACUGCAAUAUUUAUUAUUAGCAAGUAAUAAUUUUACUGGAAGCGUACCUUCAGAAAUUGGGAACUUAAUCAUGCUCAAAGAGUUAUACCUUUACAACAACAAGUUUACAGGGACUAUCCCAUCAACUUUGUUCAAGUGCAAAGGACUGCAAGUUUUAUUGUUGGGGACUAAUAAUUUCACAGGAAGAGUACCUUUGGAAAUUGGGAACGUAACCAUGCUUACCUGGUUACACCUUGGCGAUAACAACUUUGAAGGUGUAAUACCAAGAGAAUUUGGCAAUCUACAAAACCUUGAGCGCCUCAAUAUCGGUGGAAACAACUUUAUGGGUCCAAUUCCUUUUGAGAUCUUCAAUAUCUCAACAAUACGUGAAAUUGCAAUGCUUGGCAAUAACCUCUCAGGUCAAUUUCCAUCAAAUGUAGGCCUAUUUCUUCCAAAUCUUCAACAUCUUUUUCUUGAAAGAAACAAACUGAGUGGAACAAUACCUAGCUCUAUCUCCAAUGCUUCACAAAUCACUCAACUAGAUUUGAACGGAAACUCAUUCUCAGGCUCAAUUCCUAAAUCACUUGGUAAUUUAUGGCUCCUCGAGUGGCUCAACCUAGCAGGAAAUAAUUUGACCAUUGAGUCUUCAACUCCAAAGUUCAACAUUUUCACCUCUUUGUCAAAUUUGGCAUAUCUAAGCGUUUUAGAUUUGUCAAAUAAUCUCUUGAAUGGCAUCCUUCCCAAUUCUAUUGGAAAUCUCUCUACUUCUCUUCAAGUUCUUUACAUAGACAAUUGCAAUAUAAAGGGCAUCAUUCCUAGAGAUAUAGGCAAUUUAAGCAACUUGAUUACUUUGUCCCUACGAGACAAUGAAUUGGCUGGACCAAUUCCAACUACUGUGGGAAGAUUGCACAAGCUUCAACUUUUGAGACUUGAUAGUAAUAAACUAGACGGUCCCAUCCCAUCUGAUAUUUGUUAUUUAGAGAGCUUGUUUAAGUUGUAUUUAGGUGUUAAUGAGCUUUCUGGACCUAUUCCUGCAUGUGUGAAUAAUCUAACUUCUCUCAGAGUUCUUUACUUGGAGUCCAAUAGAUUAACUUCCAUAAUUCCCUCGAGCUUUUGGAGCCUUACAUAUAUCUUGGAGGUCUACCUCUCAACAAAUUCCCUAAGUGGCCCUCUCUCAUUCGAGAUUGGAAAUUUGAAGGUCUUGAGAGUAUUAGAAUUAUCAAGAAAUCAAUUAUCCGGCGAUAUCCCAACAACAAUCGAUGGCCUAGAAAAUAUAGCUAAUCUCUCUUUGGCGGAAAAUCGAUUAGAAGGCUCAAUUCCUGAAUCUUUUGGUGAAUUGGUUAGCUUGGAAUUCUUAGAUCUUUCUAAUAACAAUUUAUCUGGAGAUAUUCCCAAGUCCCUAGAAAAACUUUCACACCUCAAAUAUCUAAAUGUCUCUUUCAAUGAACUACAUGGAAAAAUUCCUAUAGGAGGACCUUUUGUACACUUCUCUGCUGCAUCAUUUAUGUCAAAUGAUGGACUUUGUGGUGCUCCCAGAUUCCAAGUUACCCCAUGUAAAGAAGGUGUUUCUCAACCAAAAAAUACUAGAGCUACACAAAUACUAAAGUACGUACUACCAACAAUCGGGUUAAUACUGCUUGUAGUUGCUCUUGUGUUAGUAUGGGCAAGAUGCCGAAAAAGGAAUGCCAAACUUCCAAUGGAGGCAAACUCAUUGCCAAUAGUGACAUGGAGAAGAGUUUCCCAACAACAAAUUUUCCAAGCAACAGGGGGCUUCAAUGCAAGCAACUUACUUGGUAAAGGAAGCUUUGGAUCAGUAUAUAAAGGGACACUCCCAGAUGGAAUGAUUAUUGCAAUAAAAGUUUUCAACUUGGUAGUAGAAGGGGCAUUCAAGAGUUUUGAUACAGAGUGUGAGGUACUACGCAAUAUUCGUCAUCGGAAUCUUGUCAAAAUCAUCAGCACGUGUAGUAACAUGGACUUCAAAGCUUUUGUAUUGGAAUACAUGCCUAACGGGAACCUAGAGAAGUGGUUGUAUUCUCAAGACUGUUGUUUAAGUAUCUUACAAAGACUGAAUAUCAUGAUCGACGUCGCAUCAGCAUUGGAAUAUCUUCAUUAUGGUUAUUCAACACCUAUUGUUCAUUGUGAUUUGAAGCCGAGCAAUAUCUUAUUAGAUGAAGAUAUGGUCGCACAUGUUGCUGAUUUUGGCAUUGCCAAACUAUUAGGUGAUGAGGAUUCUAUGAUGCGAACCAUGACUCUCGCUACUAUUGGGUAUAUGGCACCAGAGUAUGGAUCAGAAGGACUUGUUUCUACAAGAGGUGAUGUGUAUAGUUAUGGAAUUUUGCUGAUGGAAACUUUCACAAGAAAGAAACCUACAGAUAACAUGUUUGCUGGAGAAAUGAGCUUGAAGCGUUGGGUUGAGGAAUCAUCACCCCUUUCACUGAGUAAUGUGGUCGAUGCCAAUUUGUUGAGAACUGAAAGAGAUUAUGCUUCUAUAGAGGACUGCAUAUUAUCCAUAAUAGGGUUGGCAUUGCAGUGUUGUGCAACAUUACCCCAAGACAGAGUAAAUGCAGAACAUAUUUCAACCACACUCAACAAAAUCAAAUUGAAGUUUCUACGAGAUACCGAAGAAAGCUAGUAUGAGAGCAUCAAGUAUUUUUAGAGCUAUUUCAUGUUUGUACUUUUGAAAUAAUAUAACAUUCUUGAGACUCCCCUAAAGAGAUUUGUUUAUAUCCACUGCUUUGUUAU